UUGGCGGCAUUCUUUCCGUUCCUAUUCUGUGUUGUUUUGAUCUUGUGAGCGCCUUGAAGGAUGUUUUGUGGCAACUGCGACGUCGCUUCACGUCAUUUUCUGUUACCAUGACCUGCUGCGCGUUUGGAUGCCAAUAUAGUUUUAGCAAAGGCAAGAAUAUGUUCGCGAUACCGUCCGGUAAGCGCAACGGGUUAAGAAGAAAGACGGCUUCACCGAAUCGGGAGGGAGAACUUCCGACCAACUUCCUCCGCGCGACUAUGCGAUCAUUGAAGCACUCCAGCAGUCCAGCAAAUGCAGAUGGUGCAGUUUCAUGAAGGAUACCGCUACUGCUGUAACUCCUGUGUCUGGAUGGAUACACUGUGAUUUGAAGUGCUCACCAGGAUCCACGCAGGCCAUGUGUUUGAAUUCCAUUUGUGCCCUCGGAGCUUCUCGCAAACCUUCAAGCUGAAGCAACACCUGCACACUAACACAGCCAAAAGGCCAUUUCAGUGCCCUUCACGCUCUCAGAGCUUCUCACAAAAAGUUAUUCUAAAGCAACGCCUGUGCAUCCACAGAGGUGAGAUGCGAUUUCAUUGCCAUUUAUGCGCUAGGAGCUUCACGGUGAAGUCUACAUUGAGGGAACACCUGCGCAUUCACACAGGAGAGAAGUCAUUUCAGUGCCCUUCGUCUCCUCGAAGAUUCCCACGAAAGAGUAAUCUCGAUCGACACCUGUGCACCCACACAGGUGAGAAGCCAUUUCAAUGCCCAUCAUGCCCUCAGAGCUUCUCACAGAAAAGUAAUCUGAACCAGCAUCUGUGCACCCACACAGGCGAGAAGCCAUUUCAAUGCCCUUCGUGCCCUCAGAGCUUCUCACGAAAGAGUCAUCUGAAUCAGCACCUUUGCACCCACACAGGCGAGCGGCCAUUUCAAUGCCCUGCAUGCCCUCGGAGCUUCUCACAGAAAAAUACUCUGAACCAACACCUGUACACCCAUACAGGCGAGAAGCCAUUUCAAUGCCCUUUGUGCCCUCAGAGCUUCUCACGAAAGAGUACUCUGAACCAGCAUCUCUGCAUCCACACAGGCGAGAGGCCAUUUCAAUGCCCUGCAUGCCCUCAGAGCUUCUCACAGAAAAAUACUCUGAACCAACACUUGCACACCCAUACAGGCGAGAAGCCAUUUCAGUGCCCAUCGUGCCCUCGGAGCUUCUCACGAAAGAGUAAUCUCAAUCGACACCUGCACACCCAUACAGGCGAGAAGCCAUUUCAGUGCCCAUCGUGCCCUCGGAGCUUCUCACGAAAGAGUAAUCUCAAUCGACACCUGUGCACCCACACAUGUGAGAAGCUAUUUCAAUGCCCUGCGUGCCCUCAGAGCUUCUCACAGAAAAGUAAUCUGAACCAGCAUCUGUGCACCCACACAGGUGAGAAGCCAUUUCAAUGCCCUUCAUGCCCUCAGAGCUUCUCACGAAAGAGUCAUCUAAACCAGCACCUGCGCAAACACACAGGCGAGAAGCCAUUUCAUUGCCCUGUGUGCCCUCAGAGCUUCUCACAAAAGACUCACCUGAACCAGCACCUGUGCACCCACACAGGUGACAAGCCAUUUCAAUGCCCUUCGUGCCCUCAAAGAUUCCCACAAAAGAGAAAUCUCAAUCGACACCUGCGCACCCACACAGGUGAGAAGCCAUUUCAGUGCCCAUCAUGCCCUCGGAGCUUCUCCGUGAAAAAUACUCUGAACCGACACCUGUGUACCCAUACAGGCGAGAAGCCAUUUCAGUGCCCUUUGUGCCCUCGGAGCUUCUCACAGAAAAAUACUCUGAACCAACACCUGCACACUCAUACAGGCAAGAAGCCAUUUCAGUGCCCUUCGUGCCCUCAGAGCUUCUCACGAAAGAGUCAACUGAAUCAGCACCUUUGCACCCACACAGGCGAGAGGCCAUUUCAGUGCCCUGCGUGCCCUCAGAGCUUCUCUCAGAAAAGUACCCUGAACCAACACCUGCACACUCAUACAGGCGAGAAGCCAUUUCAGUGCCCUUCGUGCCCUCAGAGCUUCUCACGAAAGAGUAAUCUCAAUCGACACCUGUGCACCCACACAGGUGAGAAGCUAUUUCAAUGCCCUGCGUGCCCUCAGAGCUUCUCACAGAAAAGUACUCUGAACCAACACCUGCACACUCAUACAGGCGAGAAGCCAUUUCAGUGCCCUUCGUGCCCUCAGAGCUUCUCACGAAAGAGUAAUCUCAAUCGACACCUGUGCACCCACACAGGUGAGAAGCUAUUUCAAUGCCCAUCGUGCCCUCAGAGAUUCUCACAGAAGAAUGCUCUGAACCAACACCUGUGCACCCACACUGGAGAGAAGCCAUUUCAGUGCCCUUUAUGCCCUCAAAGCUUCUCACAAAAAUCGACAUGGAAAGUUCACCUGCGCUUCCACUAAUGUGAGAGGCUGUUUCAGAGCCAUUCAUGUCCCGAGAACUGAAGUUGCAUUAAACCAACAGACAUCCACACAGGCGGGUGGCCAUUUCAGUGCCCUGCACGCCUUCAGCAAUCCUCAAGUCUUUACUGAAGGACCACAUGUGCACCCACUCAACGAGAGGCCAUGUCAGUGCUCUUCAUGUACUCGGAUUUACUCAUGGGAGAUCGCACUGAACGUCACUUCCACUAAUGUGAGAGGCUGUUUCAGGGUCCUUCAUGUCCUGAGAACUUGUGGAAGUCUGCACUGUACCGACACCCGCUCGUCCACACAAAGUCCGUAUCACCUGUGUAUCCACUCAGGGAGACGCCAUGUCAGGGCUCUUCAUGUCCUCAGAGUUACUUGCAGAAGUUCGCACUGAACUGACAUAUGCACAACCCACAUAAGUGAGAGGCCGUUUCAGUGCCAUUUCUACUGUCAAACCUUUGGACAUAAAAGCCACCUCAAUAGGCACCUUGCCACCACAAGUGCACCUGACACAUGCGGUGCAGCAGCGCCGAGUUGUGUGUACUCCUCAUUGUUCCUUUUGCUUUUCAUGUUUUCCUCAGUUUUUUCAUGGAAGCUCAGCAUAUGUGUAGGCCUGUAGCUCUAUACUAGAAGGAAACAUUGUAAGUGUUCACUUUUCGUUAUGAUGUUUAAGCUCUUUGUUGCAGACAAGCACUUCUUUCUGCAUUGAGGCGUUUAACUGCUCUUUAUUAAAUCAGUAGUGCGAGUUCGUUUCAGCGCACUAAAUAAAAUUUGGGAUUGGGUUGUUAAUGAUUGAUAUUGCAAUACUUGCAUUAAUAGCACGUAAUGCUUCAAUUCAUUUGCAUUUGUGCUGAACCCUUCAAGAGAAUUUGAGUGGCUAUUUACUAUUUCUGUGUAAUGCAGUUAAAACAACCUUUUCUCAGGAAUUGAAAUUAUGCAGUUAUGUGCUUUUGUGAUUCCUACUAUGAUUCAGCUGGUUUCAGUGAUACUAAAUGCACUGGUAUGAUUUUUUUUUUUUGCUCGUAAGGAUCUGUGCAGACAUUGAGACCCUUGAAAAUUUCUUCAUAAUAAAGCAUUCCCCUGGA